UUUUCUUUCCAUUAGCCACGCAAGGCAUGGAGGAUCUCGAGAGGAUUUGAUUUGAUAUAGCAAGGGAGUUAAUACCCUUCUGUAAAAUCCAAAUCCAAAUCCGCUUGCUGAGAAUUCCGAGGAAGUAUUUUUGUUAUUCAAAUUCAACCUUCUUUAGAUUUCUUCUUCAUACGCAUUUCAGAGAGAGAGAGAGAAUUGAAAGAAAGGGAGAGAGAGUUGUAUGCAUAGAGAUUCUGCAGAAAACAGAAUGUAUGCAGCAGAGAACGGCCUCAACGGAGACCCAAGACUGGAGGCCAUUCAUCAAGCCAUUCGAGUCGUUCCAGAUUUUCCCAAACCAGGGAUAAUGUUUCAAGAUAUAACGACAUUGUUGCUGGAUCAUAAGGUGUUCAAGGCGACGGUGGACAUCUUUGUCUAUCGAUACAAAGACAGGGGGAUUUCUGUUGUUGCUGGGGUUGAAGCCAGAGGCUUCAUGUUUGGUCCUUCAAUAGCAUUGGCGAUUGGUGCAAAGUUUGUUCCUUUAAGAAAACCUAGAAAGCUACCAGGUAAAGUAAUUUCUGAAGCAUAUGAGCUGGAAUACGGAACUGAUUGUCUUGAGAUGCACAUUGAUGCUGUCCAACCCGGGGAACGUGCAUUGGUAAUUGAUGAUGUGGUGGCUACUGGUGGUACCCUCUCUGCUGCGAUAAGACUUUUAGAACGUGUGGGUGCUGACGUGGUUGAAUGUGCUUGUGUGAUUGGGUUGCGUGAGGUCAAGGGGCAAUGCCGGCUUAACGGAAAGCCAGUUUAUAUCCUUAUAGAGCCACGCCUAGUUGAUAAUUGUUGCUGAGAUCUAUGUGACCUCAAGAAGCUUAGGCGGAGAUGCCAACACAAAUGAUGCUUAAGCAAAUGGUCGUGAUAGAUUUCUCAACCAAAGUCGAGUGCUAGCGAUGCGAUGUGAUAUAUGCUUCCCUGAUCGCUAUGUACAAUGUUGUAUUCUUUUCCAUAGGCAGGCUGUUUUAUGACUUUAGAGUUUGAACUUUGAACGAAACAUGAAUGAAGAAGGCCUCUUUUCGCAUACAUACAAUGCAUAAUACCAUGAUUUGGCA